UAAAAUGAAUCUGACAGCUCCAUCACUACGCACUAACAGAAUAAUCUGAAGCAAGAUAGCGUACGGAGCUAACACUAACAGACGAAAUGCAGACGCAGGUAUGCAGCGCUCCCAUCCAACCUUAAGCACAUUUGCUCGAUCACUACGCACUAGCAGACUAAACUGAAGCAAGAUCGAUGGGCGACGUAAGGAUCGUGUCCCGGCGCAUGGUCCGGCCGGAACCAAUCACCUCGGGUCCGCCGGAGACCAUCCACCUGACGCCAUGGGAUCUCCGGGUGAUCACCGUGGACAACAUCCAGAAGGGCAUCCUCCUGCCCAAGCCUCCAGCCACCGGAGGACGGGGAAACGAUGCCGCCGCCAUGGUCGAACGGCUCGAGUUGUCCUUCGCGCGCGCUCUGGGGCGCUUCUACCCCUACGCCGGCCGCCUCGCCGUCGCGCCGGGGAGCAAAGACGACGCGGAGGGCGAGAGCAUGGCCAUCUCGCUCCGCUGCAGCGGCGAGGGCGCCGAGUUCGUCCACGCCGUGGCGCCCGGCGUCGCCGUCGCGGACAUCACCGUCCCGCUCUGCAUCCCGAGGGUGGUCUGGUCCUUCUUCCCUCUCGACAGGUUGCUCGGCGUGGACGCCAUCGCGGACUCUCGUCCGGUCCUGGCCGCGCAGGUCACCGAGCUCACCGACGGUUUAUUCGUCGCCAUGUCGGCCAACCACGGCGUCGCCGACGGGACGACCUUCUGGCACUUCUUCAACACCUGGUCGGAGAUCAGUCGCCUGAGCGACGGCGACGCUGGCUGCGAGAUCUCCUCGCCGUUGCCGGUGCACCGGAGGUGGUUCCUGGACGGCUGCCCCGUCCCGAUCCCUCUGCCCUUCGGCAAGCUCGAGGACAUCAUCGGCCAGCGUGUAGAUACGUACCCGCCGGUGGAGGAAUGCUUUCUCCAUUUCUCGGCGGAGAGCGUGAGGAAGCUCAAGGCAAAGGCGAACGCCGAGAUGGCCGGUGCGGCAGCCACGGACACCGCCAUCUCCUCGCUGCAGGCCCUGCUCGCGCACCUGUGGCGUGCGGUGUGCCGGGCCAGGAGGCUCGCGCCGGACCAGAAGACAGUGUACCAUCUCCUGGCCGGAUGCCGCGGCCGCGUGGACGGCAUACCGGCGUCCUACGCGGGUAAUGCGGUGGAGCACGCCACCGCGAUUUCCCCCGCCGGCGAGAUCCUCGAGAGGGGCCUGGGCUGGGCGGCGUGGCUACUAAACAGGGCCGUGGCGUCGUUCGACGAGGCCAGUGCGAGGGAGAGGCUCGCGUCCUGGCCCCGGAACCCAGGCUUCAUGCGCAUGUCGGAGGUCGUGACUGCCCCGCACCCGCACACAACGGUGGCGACAGGGAGCUCGCCGCGGUUCGACGUGUACGGCAACGACUUCGGGUGGGGCAGCCCCGUGGCCGUGCGCAGCGGCUCGGGGAACAAGGUGGAUGGAAAGGUGACCGUGUACGAGGGCACAGGCGGCGGAGGGAGCAUUGCCCUGGAGGUUUGUCUGUCACCGGAGGCGUUCCCCAGGCUCCUCGCCGACGAGGAGUUCAUGGACAUGGUGGGCAUGGCUGAUUAAUAAUUGUGCCGCUUUCUUAAUUAAGUACUCUGUUUGAAUAAGACGCCUUGUCGCUCGUCAGCUUGAUGGGACACACUGUGUCUUUUCUUUUCUCUAUACUUUUUCCUUUUUUCUGUUUGGCUUGUCUUUGCAAAAAUAAUAAUGGGAAAAUUCCAAAAAAAAAACUUGAAUUUAUAGGUCAAAGCUAAAUCAAACCAUGAACUCUCAAACCCUGAAAUCAGCACAUCAAAUUCUCUAAUCCUGGUCUAUUUUGAACCUUAAGAGAAUUUAGCUGGUAUUCGCUGAAUUGGGCCGGCCCAUUAGUAUAGUUGCUCACGCUGCUCUUGUUUAUCUUUGUUUUUCUUUGUUUUUUCUUUGGUUUUUCAUCAAUUUCUUCUGUUUUUUCAUUAUAUUUUGUUUUUUCUUUCUUCGUUAUACUUUUUUUUGAUUUUCUUCAUAUGGUUUUUUUUCCGCUUCUAUUUUGUUUC